AUGGGGCAAGGCUUAGGGGCGUGCACGGCGCCUGAAGUGCGGUGCGCGGCGGCAGAACUCGUCAGGUGUCGCGCGUUCGUCCGCGUGACACGGAUCGACCCGCAGGAGGGCGUCUUCGAGGUGCGCAUGAAGUGCCUCUGGUCCUUCCGGACCAGGAACUCGGGGGAGCAGGCAGAGAUCACGAUGCGCGGAGUGCCCGGCAUCCGCAUGCCAGGCCUCCGCGUCACAGUGGAGGAAAGCAGGAUCUGGAAAGAUCUCAAUUUCGACAACAGCGAGGCCAUGGGGCUGUCGCGGAGCGGCCCGUCCAAGAAUACACUGUUCUGGAGGGGAACGUCGAUAUUCACCAUGAGCGGUUGGAAGGCAUUCGACUUGAUAAACUUUCCAUUCGACAGGCACAUACUGAACCUUGAGCGGGUUGAGUUCGUCUGGCGUUCUGACAAGGACUCUGCCGACUACCACAAGUCGCUGAAGGUGGUCCAGUUCACCACCGAGACAUCGUCCAUGCUGCCAGAGUGGGAGACCUACCACGCACUGGUUGAGCCUCUGGUCGUGCACGAUACCAAGCUGGAGCGCACGAUAGACCACGUUGGGGCGAUGAAGAUUCCAACCUACGCGACCAAGUUUUCGGUUCGCCUCCGCAUCGAGCGCAAGUGCAGGUUCUAUUCAUGGCAGGUGUUCUUCGUCGUGUAUCUGAUCACCAUGCUGUCUUGCUUCCCGCUCGGCAUGCCGCCACAGGAGAACUUUCUGGGUGACCGGCUGAACAUGUAUGCAGCGGGGGUGCUCACGCUGGUGGCCUACAAGACCGGCAUCAACGACCAUCUCCCAAACGUCCCGUACCAGACCUUCACCGAUUGGUAUCUUCUUGCUGCGAUUAUGACUCUCUUCUUCGCUGCGGUAGGCACGCUGUAUCCGUACAGGCUGAGUCAGGUCGUUGACGACAAGGAGGAGUACGACAUGAGGUACCAGAUCCUGGAUUGCGCCGAGAACGUCACCGCCGGGCUGCUGUUUGUGGUGUGGACUCUGGUCGUCGUCUGGGUCUUCUUCGUGAAGCCAGGCCGCAGGACGCCCUGGGACAGCAUCAUGCAAGCCGAUACCGAUGCCUUCGGGAGGGACGAUGCGCACUCUCUCGAGGAGGACGAGGAGGAGCCGCGAGCUCUUCAUCAUCUCGACGGCUCCAGCGUGACCAAGGACUUCCAGCACCUGAUGCAGACGCGCGCCCUGGUCCCCAAACUGCGCCGUCAGAAGCCCCUUCUGGAGUGGGACAGAGACGAAGUAGCGCACUUCCUCAGGACGCUCCAGCUCGGGCACUGCGUCGAGAAGCUCGCGGAGGAGGUCGAUGGCUGCACGCUCGCCGCCCUGUCGGAGCAGCAGCUCCUGGACCGGGGGUUCACGGCCCUGCAGGCGAAGAAAGUGGCCACGCGCGUUCGGGAGGCUGGGCGCUGCUAG